AUGGAUUUUCAACCAGACCUUCCCAUUCCGAUCUCUUAUGUAUCCGGUAGAUACCUGUUGUUCUCAAUUGACGCCGUGACGUAUCUGCGACGUGAACAUAACAUCUGUGGUGUACUCAUCGGGACGCUGCCUCAGAUUCCUCAGCAGAAUGUCUUCUUGGGUCUCCCACUGGAGCUGAUGCCCGAGGAGGCACGGCUGUUAGUGGAUAAGGGUGUAGCUUGCAUCGUAGACGAAGCCAAGGCACACGACGGCAUGAACACCCUCUUAGAAGAGGAUCGCCGACGGUACCUCCGCGACCUCGAAUCCCAAGGCCUGCAUGUCUCGCGCAUCCAAUUGGAUCGCAAAGAGCGCAACCGGGAACAGACAUUGAAGAAAUUAGAAGAAAAGAAAGCAAAAGCUAAGGCCAAAGCCAGUGCUGCUGCCGAGGCACCUACCGUUCCUGAGGAGGGCACUUCCACCCCGUCGCCGAAGAACGCUGCCAUCGUUGACCUCUUCAACGCAGAGGAACGCUCGUCGUCUCCAUCCGCCUCGAUGAGCACUCCCCCUCAGGCCGCAACGGCCAUUACGCCCGCAACAUCUUACCCGCCUCUCUCCACACCUUCGCCAUCGAGCUACCUCUCAGCACCCGCGGUGCCAUCCUCAUAUCCUCUCUUCGCCCACCUCCACUCUAAAGGAUACUUCCUCUCUCCCGGCCUGCGAUUCGGUUGCCAGUACGUGGCUUACCCGGGCGACCCACUGCGUUUCCACUCGCAUUUCCUCGUCGUGUCCUACGACUGGGACCAACAAAUCGAUCUGAUGGAUCUCGUUGUCGGCGGCAGACUGGGUACUGGUGUGAAGAAGGGUUUCCUGAUCGGUGGACCACAGAAGGGAAUCGAUUCGGUCGAUUCGGAGGCUGAUCGUGUGGAUACUGUGCGGGCUUUCAGUCUUGAAUGGGCUGGAAUGUGA